AUGAACUUAAAUCUAUCUCAGUCUGCUCUCAUCCAGCCAAACAUCUAUCUAUCUAUCUAUCUAUCUAUCUAUCUAUCUAUCUAUCUAUCUAUCUAUCUAUCUCUACGCUUACCUGAGGCUCCUAUUUGUACACUUGACUCGUUUUCUCAUCUACCAAUCAUGAGAUGCAAACAUCUUCCGUGGCAUCUUUCGUUUUUCUUAUACCACUCGAGUCCCUACUUCUGUGAAAUGUUCAGCAUGAGUCGAAAGCUGAAAAGACUCGUCAUUGUUUUCUUCUUGGCCGGCAUUUGCGGUUUCAGCUACUCGUUUUUUAAAUUGUACACUUUCCCUGGUAUGAUUCUUCAUGCUGCUAUCCCUGGAAACCAGUUCGCCACCCCUAAAGAAGUUCUGGCAGAAGCGAGAACAACAGAGUCUAUGUUACCGCACUGCGACCCAAACGACCGCAUUGUUAAGUCAGUCAAUUGCAAAGCAAUUCUCAACAUGAAUGAGACCGAACUUAUUCGCGCUCUGAACGUGAUGAAACAAAUGAAACCGACUAGUGAGAAAGAACUACUGCGCCAAGUGGCCAACUGCAACGAAUUCAAGAAGAAACAGCGCUACAUACUUCAUUCUUCUCGUGAAGAAAUGAAAUUCCCUGUGGCAUAUAGCAUACUCUUGUAUAAAGACGUUGUCCAGGUGGAAAAGCUCUUGCGGGCAAUUUACCGGCCACAGAACUGGUAUUGCCUUCAUAUCGAUGCCAAGGCACCGUUCCAGUUGCAUUAUGCAGUCAUACAGUUGGUGUCUUGUUUCAAUAACGUUUUCAUCGCUUCCAAACUUGAAGAAGUUGUUUAUUCUUCAUUUUCUCGGCUUCAGGCCGACAUCAAUUGCAUGACUGACUUAAUCUCAAGGAACGGAAGUUGGAAAUAUUUUAUAAAUUUGCCUAGUCAGGUAUAUCCGCUCAAGACGAACGCAGAAUUGGUUAAGAUUCUUAAGAUCUACAAUGGUGCUAAUGAUAUUGAAGGAAUCACAGGGAAACGCAUUCUUCCAGAGCGUUUUCAGUACCGGCAUUACAUCUACUGGUCCAGGAAGGGAGAGACGAGCUAUAUUAAGCGGACGAGUAAGAGAAAAGCACCUCCCCCACAUAAAAUCAGCAUUGUUAAGGGCAGCGCCUACGGUGUAUUUAGCAAAAGCUUUGUACAGUUUGCUUUGUUUGACAAGCGGGCACAGGAUCUUCUUAAAUGGAUGGAGGACAUUUCAAGUCCGGACGAAUAUUUCUGGGCAACUCUGAACCAUUUGAAAAUCAACAUGCAACUAAAUACCCCAGGUGGCUACAGAGCUCUAUCGAUUCUCCAUUUUGCUGCAGUGCCAAAAAAAUAUUAUUUUUGGAGUAAACCUUUUGUGCCCAAAUCGCCCGAGCGAUGUUGA